AUGUCAGUGUCAUCGAAAUACAACAGAGUGGCCUUGGCCCCAAUCAGAGACUCUAGUCUUAACAUAUGCCUGCCACAGAAGUCUCCUCAUACAAAGACAACCAUUGGAGGUGGUGCUGGAGUAGCAAGGAAACUGUACUCGAUAGGUUCAUUUGUCCCACUCACUCCUAACCAAAAGGGUGUCAGACCAUCAACCCCAAAGACUAUUACUUUCAAAGACCAAAGACUCACCCCAAACUCAACAUCAAACUCUCCAUCCCUUCAAACGUCUCCUGAACGUAUAGACAAAACAGCUGCUGCCAGUUUAGCUGCUACCAAGCUCAAACUUAAGUUACAACUUGCACUUUAUAAGUUGCAAAAGAAGGGUACUCUCCCAACUAAAGCCCCACAAGUUUUCAUUUCGUCAUCCAUAAACAUAGAUCUUCAAAGAGCUGCCAUAAGCCUUGAACAAGCCAAAUCCACCCAUAACAAUGGCGGUAAUGCUAGCACUACCAAUACCACCAACUUUAUCAGCACAAACACCGGUAUGAAUAAUACUUCAGGUGUGACUAAAAGAAAAAAGCCAUCUCUUACUGCCACUGCAUACGAUAGAAAUCUUCUGUUGUUUAAAAACACCCAGAAACUUCGGUUAUACUCCAUUAAAAAGGACUCCAAAUUCUAUGCUGAUAGAAAUGGAGCUGUUCCUUUAACCCCUAACCAUGAAAUCAAACUCCCAAAGCCAAUCAAUGUUACCACUGAUGCCACCACUGAUGCUGCCAUUCCUACCAAUGCUCAACUUAACGCCAAUUCAAUUUCCAACAAUCACCUUUCCCAUUCUAAAUCAAGACAAUUACCAUCAAUUAAUAAAAUUUUGAAGACUCCAAUGAAAUCUUCUUCUAGAAAUUUGGUUAAUCCAUAUUUACCUACAAACAACAAAAAAUGGAAAAAUAAUCUCAAUACUGACGAAACUAUCGAUGAAGAUGAUGAUGGUCCACUCAAGGAAAGCACUUGUACUUCCAUUAGAGUUGGAAACAAGGAAUUAUUGAGUUCUUCACCAAUCCGGGCCAAUUCCAACUCAUUUGGUACUCCAAAUUCGUUCAGUGUGGCUAAAUCUUUACUUCAACUUGGUUCUGGAUUUUACAGUUGA